AUGAACGCCGUGUCUAUACCCGUCACCGUUGAAGUCAACGCACCGCGUUUCCUUGGUUACGACCUGUCAGAAACACGCACCAUACCAAAGGAAGGAUAUGUAAAGCUCACAUUUGACUCUUCAAUCCGACUCAGCAAUACAGAAGUAGCACCAAAAGGUAUCCUAGUUCAAUCAACGGAGAAAAUCGUCGUUAUUGCUGUAAACCGUGAGAAGUAUACAAACGACGCCUACCUCGCCUUACCGGAACCAGCGUUGGGAACAACAUAUUAUGCAAUUAGCUAUUAUCCAUCAACAUUUCCCACGCAAUUUGUUGUUAUCGGUACUGAAAACAACACAGAUGUAGAAAUGACACUUUCAACAAAUCCAAAUGCUGGCGCAGUUGUCUUUGAAAACAACACGUAUGGACCAGGGGACACUAUCCGGCUGUCCAUUGAUAGGUUUUAUUCGGUGCAGAUACAGAGUGAUGGCGAUUUAACUGGCUCCUACAUCCGGACAGAUAAACCUGUGGGAUUCUUAAGUGGCAAUAAAAGAACUAUUAUUGGAAAUGGAAGCAGAUCUAGUGACCACCUUGAAGAGUUUGUACCUUCUGUCAACAAAUGGGGUAAAAAGUUUGCUACAGUUCCCAUCCCGGGUAGGAUAGUUGGAGAAUAUUACAAAGUCGUGGCUAGUUCUUCUAACACAUUAGUUCAGGUGGAAUGUACGGACAGUUUUGGUAACAGGUCUAGGUUUGCUGAAACUAUGCAGAAUCCCGGGGACUCUGUUGUUCUGCAUAUCAAAUAUGAGAAGUACUGUUCUUUCGUUGCUGAUAAUGCCAUUAUGUUGGCUCAGUUUGUGCACAGCCAGGACCCUGAGGACAGUCAAGAUAUCCAUGACCCGGCUAUGAUUCUGAUCACACCUAUGGAACAGUAUGAGUCCGAGUAUCAAUUUAGUACGCCGCGUUUCACAUUUGGGACCUACGAGAACUUCUUCCUGUUUGUCAUCAAGUCUGACAAGAGGUCAGGUAUGAGAGUGGACAACAAUGGCCUCCCAAGCGAAACCGUGUUCGUAGAAAUACCUGGAACUGAUCUCGUGGGUGGACACGUUAUAGUAUCCGACGGGUACCAUUCGGUUUAUCACAUAUCUCCUAUUGUAGUAUUUGCUGGAUAUCUGUAUGGACGGGCGAAGUAUGAAACAUACGGCAUUCCGGCCGGAAGUCGCUUGGCCAAUGUGAAUGGGCCAUGCAGCCGUAGUUCCAAUGUCCCUGGUGAUGUCGUGGAUAAUGACUGUGAUGGUCUUAUUGACGAGGAGCUAGACAACGCCUUAGAUGAUGAUGGAGAUGGAGAAAUAGAUGAGGAUUGCGCCAUAACAACAAACCCUGUCGAUGGCAACUGGGCUUCCUGGUUAGAAUGGGGAAGCUGUAGUGUCACGUGUACUACCGAUGUAAUUACAUCCGGGCAAUCCCAGCGAAUCAGAACUUGCUCAGAACCCAGUCCUAAGUACGAUGGUAAAAACUGUGUUGGUCAAAGCUCGGACAAUCGGAUAUGUGAACCCGCUCGGUGCCCAGUUGAUGGAAAUUGGUCAAACUGGGGAUCAUGGAAUCCGUGCUCAAUGACCUGUAAUCCGUACACAGGAAGUGACCUCAUAGUCAGCGGAACUAAAGCAAGGUCAAGGACAUGUAUAAACCCUAUCCCAGAACAUGGCGGCAGGUCAUGUGAAGGAAAUGCGUCUGAUACACAGAGUUGUCAGGAUAAUAGUGUUUGUCAAGACGCCCAGGCAACAGUUUCCUCAGAUACAUGUUCGUGUCCUCUGCUCGCACCGACCACGACUACACGACCAUCGCCGCCUACACCAAAAGAUUUGAAAAAGAUUCUUCAGGAUUUGAAUGUCCUACUUCGGCGAAACAAGAAGGAGACUGCGCGAUACAAGCGCAGUCUCAGCUCUGCCUCUGAUGCCCGAGGAAGCAGUCAAAUGAUAGGAUUUGUAAUGAUUGCCGUCAUCCUAUCAAUUCUUCUAUUAUUCAUGCUCAUGGAUUUGGACAAGGUUUUCAGGUUCUUCCGCGAAAGACAAUCAUCCAAUAUACUUUAA